CCCUCUAACAAAAUACACAACACACUUCAUAAUGAAGUUGGGUCAGAAUCAUGUCAUUGCCCACAAUUUGGUCACCGAAAAAACAUCUUAGGUUGAUCAAAAAGCACCACAAUAAGCAACCCACUCGAACCAAUUGCAUCUCAACUGCAAGAAAGGCUACAAGCCUUGUUCAAAACUCAUAGAAAUUUUCCUUUGGUCAAGUAAGUAGCUAGGGAUUAUUAACAUGCUUGGAUUAAUACUUGAGUAACAUUAUACUAAUACCACAAGAGAGCAUUUGAAAAAUAGAACGCAAAGACAAGUUUGCAUAUACUUACCCCAUUGACGCGAUGUCAAGAACCAGUUGGUUCUAAUAACUCGAGUUGUUGUGAGAGGUUCAAUAAUGGAUCUUACACAACUCACUAACACACUCUUUCAAACGAAAGCCAAUCAAUUCAUAAGAUCUUUUGUUUGCACAUGUCCUGAAUACGAGAAUACAAUGAAUGGGGUCACCAUGAUUCGAACACAAGACUUUUGGGAUCGGUUAGCAUGAUAACCCCUUUGAGGGGUUGGAAAAAUGACACCCCCUAGGGUAUUAAAUACAAUUAUAGAAUUUAAUAUACACAUUAAAUACACAUUGGGAAUUAAAUGCACCAUAUUAAUUAUUUGUCUUUUUUUUCAAAUUAAAACUUACACUAAAUACAUUCUCUCUCCCUAUAUCUCAUUUUUCUUUUUUCAGCAGCCUCUGACCACCAGGCUUCCUCCGACCGGCACACUUCUCCGGUGAAAAUCCCAACGGCAGACUCCCUCCGAUCACCUGCAAAAAAAUACCACUGCGCUGAUAUGUUGUACCACUGCAAUGAUACGUUGUACCACUGCAAUGGUAGCUAUACCACUGCACUGGUAGCGAUAUCAGUGCACUGGAACCAAUGUCAUAUAUGAGUAUCAGUGCAGUGGUACAACAUAUCAGUGCAGUGGUAUAUUUUCGCAGGUGACCGGAGAGAGUCUGUCGGCGGGAUUUUACCGGCGAAGUGUGGUGGUCGGAGGAUACUUGGUAUUCGGAGGCUGCUGAGAAAGGAAGAAUCGGAGAUAGGAGUGAGAAAGAUCAAAGAUGAGAGAGAGAAUUGUAUUUUGUAUAUGUUUAGAAUUUUUUUUUAAAACAAGUAAUUAAUGUGGUGUAUUUAAUGCUUACUUUGUAAUUAAUAACAGAACAUUUAUUAUGUCUAUCUUCAUUAAUACUUGUAAAUAAUUAAUGAAAAAAAUUGACCAAUUAAGAAGGAGGUGUCAAAAAACCAACCCUUUUAAGGGUAGACAUAGUAUCCUACCCCUAGACUUUUUUGUCGAAACAGACUAUGAUUCCAUGUCAAUAACCAGUUAAUCCCAAUAACUUGAAUUGUUGGAAGAUGUUCCAUAAUAAAUCUUGUACCAUUCACUUAACAAACUUGGUUAUAGACGCAGAUUACAAAAAUAAUAAUUCCUAAGUUAGAGUAAGCUAGAAAGAGAAAUUAGGGCCUGACGCCAGGGUCCAGAUCCCAUCAGUAACUAUCAGGUGAGUAACCCAAUGCAUAACCCAAUAAGAAUCCGCCACAUCAACGCCUCCUUCUCUUUCCUCAAAAAACCUUUGAUUUUCCUUCUCUUAAUCUUUUAACGGACGAUUUCUCACUCGUUUUAACUCGGAAUUUGCCAGUUAUUACCAGUCUAUACCAUAUGGUAAUGAUAUUGACUGUACCAUAUGGUAUUGACUGGUAUUAAAUAACAGCAUACCAUAUGGUAUGAAAAAUAUCACCCAUAUCGGGGUGGUAUAGUAUGGUAAGGAGUUGGUAACGAGAGGUAUGAAAAUUUUUCACCAAGAAAAUUUUGAAAUCCAAUAGAUCAUGAUUAAAUCGUUCAUUCUGUGCAAAAAUUUCCAAAAAUGACUAAACAACGAAGGAGAUACCAUAUGGUAUGGAGUUGGUAACGAGAGGUAUGAAAAAAAAAAUUCUCAAAAAAUAUUGAAAAUGAAUAUAAUUUUGUAGAGCACAACGAACUCGUUUCAUCUGUGCAAUAAAAAUUGAAAUACAAGUUAGAAUAAAGAAGAUAUGAUCCAAUCAAAAAAACUAGGGAAAUAAAUUCAUUUAAAUCUUCAUGCCAGUCACUUAAAAUGAUCCAGAUUUGUUUACUCCUAAUUAGUCACCCUAAGAUUACUUAACUUUAUCUUAAGUCCUGACUACGCGUAUGGCUUGGAUUUUUCCUGUCUUUACCAGACAAAUCACGCAGAAGACUCAUCAACGGUCCCUGUUUCCUGAACGGCCGGUCCCUCAAAAGAAAAAUCUCAUCCGAUGGUUAGAAAUGCUUCGGCGGUUGCCGGCCUACAGUGACUAAAUGGGUAGCCGACCGCAGCGGUCGCCCUUAAAACUAGCCGUACUUGCUACGACCUUUCUACUUCAAGACAUUAAUAAAAAUACAAAAAUAAAACAGGAGGACCAUCCAUUCAACAAAAAAAUAACCAACAUGACCAUUUUAAACCACAUAUAUUGGUGUAUCGAAAGGAAACCCCACAUACAUUGAUCGAAAAACAAUAAGGACAACACACACAAUAAUCAAUUAUUCUUGUAAUAUUCACAAAUUCGGGAUUUGUUCCUAUUAUAUCAUGGAUCAUACCAUUGAUAAAAUAUGAAUGGUAGAGCGAACAAGUACUUGGUCUCUAGUUAUAAUACUAUUAGUAUUGAACUUGUAGGUUUCAUAUUCAAAUUCUAACAUAUAUCAACCUUAUUAAAAAAUUAAUGGUAAAUAGGCUAUGAGCCUAUGACAAAUAAAAAAGAUUAGUACUUAGAGCAUUAGCAUAGCUAGGUUAGAGGUUUCGGGAUCCAUGAAUUCCACUUCAUAAAAAUUGAACACGCAUUAAAAAUUUUAGAUUUUUAAGGUCAGAUCUAUGCAAUUUGAACCAUGAACCCUCUCUUUACGGAAAAAAAUUCUACCGACAUACAUUGCAUUUGAUCAUAUUUGGCCCUCACUAAACUAUAUGUUUAGCUACUCCAUGACUUAAUGAAUCCUACGAAAGAAUUAAAUAGCAGUAUACCGUAUAUUUCAAAUCUUUUUCAAUUUUAAACAAACUGAAAUUACUGGAUUCUUCGACAUAUGAAUCGGUUCGUUUUACAACCACAAUAAAGAAAACUCCCACAUAGUCUUGUGUACUAUCGUAUAUGUCACGUACAUAGAUUAAUAGAUGACUUAAAGACAUAGCAACUAGUUGCUGCCUUUUUCUCGGUUCUGUUCUAUAAAAGGAGGCGCCCUAACACACAGCUACCAGAUCUCCCUCAUAUCCCAAGGGAUCCCAUCACCCAUUCUUUUCCUCCAUUUCCUUCCUCUAUCCAUCCAUGAGAUCAAACCCAGUAGUUCUCAUUAUCAUCUCUAUUUAGCACUUCUUUUUCACCCUUAAACCAACUCCUCGAACUUUUUCCAAUCCUGGCUUCUUGAUCAUCGUGGUACCUUUUUUUUUUUUUCCCACCACGAGAUCAUCGCCCUAAUAUGAAGAACCAAGUCCAAAACAAUUAUCCUUCUGCUGCUCCUCCUCCUCGCCGGAGCUUUUCCAUGAACCCCAACGACAUGUUCCACGGGAGCCUGGUCGGUUUCGCUCCGCCGCCGCCUUUCUUCUCAUCCUACCUUCCGACCAACUCCUCGGCGGCGCUCUCCAACUUUUACUACCACCACCAACAAGAGCCAGCUCAUCUGGCAGCGGCGCCGCCUCUCCUGCCUCUCCCGGCCGCCGCUCCCAUCGGCAGGCCCCACCACGGCUCCCUCCCUAGCUACAAGAGCGCCCCCGCGGCCAAGAAACCCGGACGCGGCGCCAGGAAGCCGAAAAAACCGGCGAAAAGAUCGGACGAGCCGAAGCCCCUGAUGCCGUACAAUAAUAAUAAUAAUAAGGAUGUCUCGAAGGUUCCACCAGCUGUCAAGGAAAUUCCCGUUCUGUCCCUGGCGGACGAGCUGCUGAUCAGCAUGCUGGCUCCGCCGCCCAGCAGCCUGCCGCUGCCGAGGUUCUCCCUCAGGCCCAAAAGGCUGAUGAUGACGAUGAGCAGUUGCACCGCUGAGGCCGCCGUUAAUGAUAACGGGACGGCGGAUAGCCUCCGCCAGAUGCUCAGACUCCGGUAAUCGGAAGGGGGGGAUUGCUUUCGGCCGGCCGGCGAUUAUUAUUAACGCUGCAUCUCUCUCUGUGUCUGGUUUAAUUCUGUGUGUGUUGACGUGGACUUCGCUUAUUUUCUUUUGCUUUUUUUUCUUCUUCUUCUUCUUCUUUUUAUUGUGGUCUGUGAAUUGUGAUCCACCGCCCAAAAGAUUUUUAAAAAGAAAUGGGCGGUGCUGCACAAACUUUACGGAAGGGUUUACUUUAUUAGAACGUAUCGCCCUCGUCGUAAUUCCCUAGCUCGGUUUUAUUUUAAAAAUAUCCGGGUUUUUUUGGUCCUCUUCUUUUUAAACAAAAAUGUAUCCAAUAGUUGCCACUUGCUUUGUUUUUGGGUAAUUGACUAAUUGUCUGCGUUGGAAACAUAAUCAAUAAUAAUAAUAAUAUCGUGUAUUUUUCUUGGUUUAAUACAAUUGUAUAUUCAAAACUUUUUUGGUUGUGCCAAUAAUAUCCAAAUUUCUCGGAAUAUCACUUAUAUCCAUGUUUUAAAGUUGUUCUUUGCCAAAUCUAUCCAUUUCCCAAUAUAUUUUUGGUUAAAUACACUUGUAUAUCCAAAAACACCGUUAAAGAAUGUGAAGGAAUUGGAUAUAAGUGGUAUUUUGGGAAAUUUGGAUAUUAUUGGCACAACCGUGAAAGUUUUGGAUAUACAAGUGUAUUUAAUCAUUUUUCUUUGCAUGUGGAUUAUUCGCUCCAUUUCAAGAUAUUGCAUAUAAUUUUAUUUGAGUAAAUGCCACAUUUGGUCAAUGUGAUUACUAAAUUGUGUUAUGUUUAGUCACUAGAAAAAUUAAUAUCAAUUUUGGUCACUCGAAUUACUAAAACAGGUCACGUUUAGUCACUCUCCCGUUAACAUCCGUCCAACUCCGAUCACUCGAAUUACUUUUUUUAUUGAAUGUCACACGAAUUACUGAAACAUGUCACAUUUAGUCACUCUUCGUUAGCCUCCGUCCAACUCUGUUAAUGGAGUUGGACGGAAAUUAAACUAACGGGAGAGUGACUAAAUGUGACAUGUUUCAAUAAUUAAAAUGAUAACAGAGUUGGACGGAAAUUAAACUAACGGGAGAGUGACUAAAUGUGACAUGUUUCAAUAAUUAAAGUGAUCAAAAUUG